AUGGCUAUAGAACAACCUCCUCUCGUCGUUGAUCCUGAUUUGCUUGAUGAUCUACCCAUUCCUUCCCCUUACACUCUUGCUGAAGCUUCUGUCCCUGAUCGUAUCGAGUGUGUCGUUCCAAUAUCUAUCCGUCCCUCUCUCAUCGACCCCAAAAACAAAGGUCUUUAUGUUGAUAAGGCUGUAUCUCCUGGAGACAUCUUGUUUACAAUUGAAAAGCCUUUGUUCGCCAUUGUCGAACAGAAGAACACGAGAUUGAGAACCUGCGAUAACUGCUUCGCAUACCAGAGCGUGGAGGAUAAAAUAGGGACUGUCAGUACUGUAGAAAGAGAUAUCGAGACAGCUAUCCCAUUCGACCAAUGUGGAAGCUGUGGGGUACACCACUACUGUGACCGGAAAUGCCAGAGGGAAGCAUUUGAACACCAUCAUAAGCAUGAAUGUAUUACUUUCGUAGACUUUUUGUCCGAAGAGCCCUCAGCAGAGUCCUUCAUUGAACGUACGGAUUUCCGCUUUGUUCUCCGUUUCCUGAGCAUGGCAAAGGCAAAUCUUCUUACAGAAGCAACAAUGAGGGAUUUCUUCACAGCACCAAUAGGUAAUUUGUAUGACUUUGGGCCUUCUAUGGAGACUUCCUACAGAAAUUUGAGUCUCAAUAUGAAACUUCUCGCAAAGUCGCCUGUGCACGAAGAUUCAGUCUUACGUAUUCUCUGCUUUGCUGUUCAUCAAUCUAUUCUGAUGCACCAACCAUUCAUAUGCCAAUUCGAUAGGUAUGAUAUAAGUUAUUGGGACACAAGUUCUCCAACGAGAAUCAGUUGUGGUAGCUGCUACGAGCCGUUUAUCACAAUCAUGAGAAACGAUUGCAAUGCCAACACUCGCGAGUACUUUGACGGAAUGACAUACAUUCUACAAGCUAAUUGUGCAAUCCCUGCCAACACUGAGAUUACCCGCCAUUUCAGUUCUUGGAAUGACUACGAAUACCGUCGUCUUCAAUUUACGAGGAAAGAAAAGCUUGAUUGCAAGUGUAAUUUAUGUACUCGAGGAAAUCUAGGACCAACAGGUAAUCUUCGAGAGCGCAUGCUUUCAGUUCACGUUUCUAAUUACAAGCCUGGACUCGACAAGGAGCUGCUGAAAGAACAACUAGCGAUCGAUCACAAAGUUAUUGCUGAUUUGAGAUCCAAUGGAUUCGGCUACGAUUGCCCUGAUCUAAGAAGAGCAUAUAUGAGUAUAUUCGGCGGUCAAUUUGAACUAGACUCCCGAACUAGAACUCAGGAUUAUAAAGGGUCCUUGAGACUUCUUCUCACCGUCUACUACUUGAUCGAUCCAGUUGCAUGCCCGGCACCGUCACCGGAAGAACGCAUCAAAGUUCUGCAUUUUCUCACAGUUAUAGCUUACAUUGGAGAAGACUCGCCAUCCAAGGUUAGCGAGAUCGUCCUCACAAUGCCUCGUCCACUACUCCAGGCAAAUGGGUGGCCCAAUACCAGGAUUGCUACAUUCCACCGAAAUGCAUUCAAGGAAGACCUAGAGGCUGGGGAUAUACCUGUUCAUACGGAUAAAGAUGCUCUCGUGAAGGAGUUAAAUGUUCUCAUUACCGGUCCCAGUGAAGAAGGAAUCGGGGCAGAAAUUGCCCUCUCCAUUGCCUCAUCGUCAAGCCCUUCAAUGAUAAUUCUUGCCGGUCGCCAAAAAACAAAAACUCUCUCCGUCAUGUUCCUCAUCCGACGAAUGAACCCCAACAUCAAUGUUGUCUGGAUCCCACUAAACUUACUUGAUAAUGAAUCUAUCCGAGCAGCAGCAGAUGCUAUCAAGAAAUUAGACACUGAGAAAAUACAUGUUGUCAUCAAUAAUGCUGGAGUUAUGGGCGUACGAAAUUAUACAACCUCCAAGCAGGGUAUUGAGGGUCAAUUUGCUGCAAACUACUUGGGACACUUCCUAUUGACCAACUUGUUGAUGGAUCAAAUUAUCGCAGCGAGAGAAGAGAGUGCAGUAAUUGUUAAUAUGGGGAGCUUGGGGUAUGAACUGGGCGAGGUGAACCUUGAUGAUGGAGGGCAAAAUUAUAAUGCUUGGAAGGCAUUCGGACAAUCGAAGACCGCAAUGCUUCUCUGGAACAUUGCUCUAGGCAAAAGACUGGCCAACAAAGGUAUCUCAACAUUAGUCGUGCAUCCAGGAACCACCCUCGAAACCAAACUUCUCGAAAACUCUAGUAUUGAUCAAGUGCAACUUGCAGAGUCGUACAAGCUUGCUAUAGAUAGAAAUGAGGGCAAAUCUCUCCAGCCUCAGAACAUGGUAACAAGACAAGUGUCAGCCGGUACAAUCAUACUUGCCGCACUAGAUCCCGCAUAUAGAGCACUAUCUCCGGCGUUUAUCGUUGACGAGAAAGUAAAUUCACAGACUAGGAGCUACGCAACUAGCGAACAAGAUGCUGAGAUACUGUGGAAACUGAGCGAACAACUUGUCGGGGAAACAUUCAAUAUCUAG